GGGAGAGAUAGAGCAGUGUACUGGGGCUGGGUGAGAGUGUGCCGGAGCCGGGCUUCUGUGUGUGUGUGUGUGUGUGUGUCCCUCCUCUCCCUGCAGCUCAGGAGGAGCCUGUGCAGAGAGAGAGAAAGAGACUGUUCUUCGUUUGGUGCCUGAGGAAUGGGGAGGUGCCUGUACAUUUCUCCUGCUCUGACUGUUCCUGUGUGUGUGUGCCUGUAGCAGCAGCAGCAGCAACUCUACCCUCGCCAUGAAGCGGUGCCUGCCCCCGCUGUGGGAUCUCCCUGUGCAGUAAGGCAGCAUUACCCACCCUCUCUCCAACACCCACUCAGGACAGCAACUCUUCCCUCUCCCCAAACACCCCUCCCCGGUGCAGCAUCUCCAGCCCGGGCUCCGCUUGGCUGGAUGACUCCGGGAUCGAGUCUCACCAUCGCCUUCCUGCUUCUCCCGCUGACCUGCGGGUUGGAGUUUGUGCUGAACCCCACCAACCUGACCGUGUCGCUGGGCCUGAACGCUCAGAUACGAUGUCGGCUGAAGGGGUUCACGGGGCCGCCGUCCAUCAUCUGGGUGAAGGACGGCGAAGAGCUGCGCAGCGCGGAUUUCAUAAACAUUCACGUCGGCGAGGACGAGUUUCUGAGCAACAUCAGGCUGGUGGAUGUGCAGCAGACAGACAUGGGCUGGUAUUGGUGUGUGGCGACUGUGGACGGUGUUCAUACCAACUCCAAGAAGGCAUUUCUGGCUGUGGAAGGUCUUCCAUACAUUACAGUGCAGCCACAGGACACCAUUGUGUUUAAAAAUACACCCUUCAACUUGACAUGUGCUGCUAUUGGAAGGCCAGAGCCGACCGAGAUUGUGUGGAUGAUGGGAGAGGUGUUAGUUGAAGGAACAAGAAAAGAAUCCCCUUCUGUGCUGACCCUGAAAGGAAUUGAAAGACCGACCACCUUCACUUGUGAAGCACGCAACUCGAAGGGUGUAGCCGUUUCCAGGACAGCUAGCAUCAAGGUCAAAGUCCUGCCAGCCAAGCCCACCAAGGUGAGAGUUAGCAACGCGACUGCCACCAAUGCCAGCAUCAGUUGGAUUGUCACCUUCGAUGGCUUCUCGAAGCUGCAGAACUGCACGGCUCAGGUUUCUGAUCCCAACAAGGUAGACGCUCGGACAAAAUCCAACAUCUCCUUUGAGAGGACCUUCAUUGUGCCACCAUACAGAUAUGUCAUCAGUGGCUUGAAGCCUUUCACAUCCUAUGGUGUUAGACUCAUGUGCAGCAAUGAAGUUGGACAAUCUGAAUUCACUGACUGGAUCCAUUUCCAAACCUCUGAAGCAGGGCCAGAAAUGCCAGAGCGAAGGACUUCCUGGGCCCCUGUGAUAAUUGGAGUUCUCUGUGCAGCCUUAACUUUAAUCAGCGUGCUUCUCGUUGUGUACCACAUCCGCAGAAAGGAAAUGCAGUUUGGGGAGGCCUUUGGCCCUAUUUCUGACGGCGUGGGGCAGAUGGUACAGUACAGGGCAGGAAGAGUCUACAACCGCAGAGGGGCAGAACGCAUCGAGGCAACUUUCGAUACUUUGGGAAUCAGUGACGCUUUGAAGCAGAAGUUGGAAGAUAUUUUCAUUCAUGAGAGACAGCUGGAGCUGGGGCGCACGCUGGGCAGAGGGGAGUUCGGCUCUGUCAAGGAGGCUUACCUAAAGAUGGAAGACGGGUCGUCUCAAAGAUUGGCUGUGAAAAUGCUAAAAACUGAAAUCAAUGCGUCUGGAGAUAUCGAGGAGUUCCUGCGCGAGGCAGCCUGCAUGAAGGAAUUCAAUCACCCAAACGUCAUUAAGGUGAUUGGAGUGAGCCUCCAGAGUCGAGCCCAUCGCCGGCUUCCCGUCCCCAUGGUCUUGCUGCCCUUCAUGAAACACGGAGACCUUCGCACCUACCUUGUACUGUCCCGGCUUGGAGACCAGCCAGUGGACAUCCCCCUACCAAUCCUCCUGAACUUUAUGAUUGACAUUGUGAAAGGGAUGGAGUAUCUCAGCAACAAGAACUUUGUCCACAGGGACCUGGCCACACGCAACUGCAUGCUGGACCAAGAUAUGCGCGUAUGUGUGGCAGACUUUGGCUUAUCACGCAAGCUGUACAGUGGUGAUUACUAUAGGCAAGGUAGCACCAGCAAGCUGCCCGUUAAAUGGAUUGCCCUGGAGAGUUUGGCAGAUAACGUAUACACAGUUCACAGUGAUGUGUGGUCAUUUGGAGUCACCAUGUGGGAGAUCGCAGCUAGAGGUCAAACCCCGUACCCAGGAGUGGAGAAUGCGGAGAUUUAUGACUACCUCAUCCGAGGGCACAGGCUGAAGCAACCCCCAGAUUGCACUGAUGAACUGUACAAGCUUAUGCACAAGUGUUGGCACACUGACCCCAAGCUUAGGCCCUCCUUUGAAUCAUUGAGGAUAUCGCUGGAAAGCCUCUUAAUGGGCCUCUCUACCGUCGCAGAGACAGAGCAACAUCUCUACAUCAACUUACAGGAAGGGGCAGGAGCUACUGCGUCCAAUCAAGGCUGCAGCAUGGCCUGCUGGGAAGUGGAUGGUCAGAGUGCGGACAAUAUGGAGGUCUUGGCUAUUUCAGACACCGCUGACUAUCGCUACGUGACUGCUCCUCUGGGUUUCAUGGAAGACAGAACAGAGGAGACCCCGGCAAAUGAGUCGGAAGAUCCGGUUCAGGACAGGCCACUGGAAGAUGAAGUCACAAUAAAUCUUUAGCAACAGCAAAAUUAAAUACUGAGCAGUGCAAUAAUGAAACUGAGGGGGUUCCUCUCAGCUGUGCCUUGGUACCACACACGGGUCGAACACUUGUAGGUUACCACCCUCACUGGGAUCCAGAUCCAAAAAAGGACCUUUGAGAUUUCAACAAGAACUGGAGAAAACAGUUUAUUUAUAUCUCUUUGAGGAUCAAAUGUCGUUUGCUGGACAGAUUUCCGUGCAUUUUCUUUUGAUCUGAAUUUAAACUCGAAAGUUCUUUUUUAAAAAUUGUUCUCAUUGCGCAGGCAACUUGAUUAAAGGUGCAAUGAUUUUA